AUUCCAGCAAAGUGAGGGCAGUCAAAGAAUCAGAAACUCUGCGAGCGGCCUCGCACUCUCUCUAUCCUCCUCUCCUCUCGCCGCACGCAACAUUUUGAAGUUUAAAUGAGAGGCUCUGAGGACUGAUCUGCAGGAAGGACACGUAAAACCUGAAGAAUACUGAGAAAGACUCAGCCGGCCCGCUGAUCGGCUCACAAUGAAGCCGGUGUUGCUCUUCCUUGUUUCCACUGCUUGGACUUUGACUGGAGCCCAGUAUUACUACCAGGGGCUGAUGGAUUAUCUGGAGAACAGGCUGCUGGCUAUAGAGGUAAGAGAAAAACAACUUUAAGAGCCUCAUAAUUCAUCACUGCCUCUCAAGAGACUCCACAAAGUCAUUAAACAUUAGAAAAAAUGGCAUCUGUUAGUGUUCCUGAUUGCCUCCUCCUCCUUUUAUGUGAAUUUAAUAUCUUAACUAAUGCAAACCAAUUAAUGCAAUCUCUGCACAGCUCAUCAACUUUGCCGGGGCCUCUGGGGGGAUAUCACUUGAUGCAUGCAACACGCAGUUUGUGUCAACAAUAUUACAGUUUUGCUGCAGAUUUACCGACGAUGACACAUCACUAAUGAGAACAAGCUCAACCUUUCUGCAGCCGCGGCAAAGACCGGUUCUGCAAAAGCGGAACGAAGCUGCAUCACAACAAAGAGCUGGAGGGAAGGGAUGAAAUUACCAGAAGUCAAUUUUUGUGUAAAGAAAAACAUUAUUGGUUCAAAGUGAGUCUGAUGUAAAUGUGAGAGUAUUUCAGCGAGGUCUCAUUUGAAUAAAUCUUCACAUGUAUUCACUUGGAGCGCGUUUUCAGACUCAGGAUUUUCCUUUUUCAUCAGCCGUGUUGCAGCAACACAAAAAUGACAAUCCUAAGGCGGUUAACAGCAUGAAAUGGAUUGUCUAUUUACAGCGAGAUCCGGCUCCCCUCGCUCCCCCCUGUGGCUCCCCUCCAGUCUCAUUUCCAAUCUGCUGGCUCCUCUCCUGCAUUGAUGUGAACAUGGAGAAUCAUCAGCAGGUUUUCAUUGGACUUUCAUUUCCAUUCCUCCGCAUGCCCACAGCAAGCAAAGGGGAGAAAAUGAGAGCGAGGCGGCAGAGGAGACUUAGGAGACAUAGGAGAGGCCUUUGGUUAUUACAUUUCACUCUGAAUAAUUUACCUGUCAGCCGCUCUGUGACAGUCUCAACACCGAUCAGACCCCCGUUUGCUGUUUGCAUGAUGAUUCAUAUUUUACCAUCUGAGGCGUCUUAUGACAAGAGGGGAGGCUGAGGCCUGAUCCCAAUCCGCCCCUUGUGAGGCUUCCUUUGGUUUUGGAUUGACCUCUUAUAGAUUGGGGCCUUUCAGAAUAAAGUUACGAGAUGUAGGAGAUGAAACCUUCACCUGAGAAAUGAGAAAUCUUGAUCAGGUCCAGCCUAGAUCUAACGUAUCACAGCAUGUUUGUAAUGAAUUACAAUAAAAAAAUCAUUCAAAUUGAGCUGAUUUUUAAGUCUUUGCCAUAAUUUCAUCCAUCCAUUCAUCUAUCAUCCAUCCAUCCACUUAACAACUCUUUAAUCCACUCAUUCCAUUUCGUCCUUCCAUCAAACAUUUAUCAAUCCAUCCAUCCCUCCCACCAUCUAUCAAUUAUUCAUCCAUCCAUCUACUCACUCAAACAACCCCCCAUCCUUCCAUCCAUACGAUUUUCAUCCACUCAUCCCUCUGUCCAUUCAUUGAUCAUCAUUCCAUCCAUCCAUCCAUUCUUUAAUCCAAUCAGCAGUCAACCCUCCAUACUUCCAUCAAUCAUCCAUCCAUUGAUUAUACAUCCAUCCAUCCAUCCAUCCAUCCACUAUCCAUCCAAAUACAUCUCCCUUCUUCCAUCCAUCCACACUACAUCCAUCCACUGACCAUCAUUUCAUUUAUCCCUAUUCUUCAAUCCAUCCAUCAUUCAUCCAUCCAUAUUUGUAUCCAUUUACCCAUCAAUCAAAUUAAUCCCUCCAUUUAACAUCCAUUCAUUGAUAAUCUUCCAUCCAUCCACACUACAUCCAUCUUUCAUCCAUCCAUUAUUCUGUCCAUUGAUCAUCAUUUCAUUUAUCCAUUUAUUCUUGAUCUAUCUAUCUAUCUAUCUAUCUAUCUAUCUAUCUAUCUAUCUAUCUAUCUAUCUAUCUAUCUAUCUAUCUAUCUAUCUAUCUAUCUAUCUAUCUAUCUAUAUAGCCUACCUGCCAUCCCUAACUAGUCAAUUAUUUAUCCAUCCAUCCAUCCGUCCUUCAGCUUUGAAAGCUUUUGUUCCACGUCUAGAGUUCAUGACCGGCUCACUGAGUUUUAUUCUGCCUCCUUCUCCAAACCUUCGCUGUCGGUCAGUUUGUUUCCCUGAAACAGAGAAGUGGAGAAAACUCUGACCUGCCAGAGAUAUUAGAAAAGUUUUAGUACCAGACAAAGUUAAAUACACUGAUUAAUUUUCCUCAGAUUAUGAAUCUCAGUUAUAUCAAGACACCUUAGCCUGAUUUAGCAUAAAAGUAUAAACUAGCAUAUCCCAAACUACAGGCUGAAUUAGCAUUAAAUUUGUGAAGGCCUUCGUGUCUCAUACCAACAUUGAUGUACUUUGACAGUAUUCGCCUCACCUGUGCUGUGUUUUCAGAAAUAACAUCUUCUAGCGUUCUGACGUCAACAUUUAGCCGGGUAAAAUUAAAAACCUCAACCUGAAAUCUUUUGUAUAAUUUCUUCUGCUCUGCCCAUGUCUCUCAGGACCGUAUGCAGUUCUGGCACGAACAGACCCAUCGCUACCACACCGAGCUGCAGGACUUCAAAAAGCUAACGGCCGAGGCGGUCGAUGCUCUGAGCAAAGAGCACAACCUUCUGUCCAAAGACCUGGAGGGAGCUUCGUUUCGGGUGGACCGGGUGGAGAGAGAGAUGGACUAUGUGGAGACCCAGACUUGGCCUCGGGCCUGUGCCAAUAAGGCAGACAAGGUGCUGGAACAGGGAGCUUGGGGGCUGGAGGAGAGCAGAGGAGAAGAAGAAGAGGAGGAGGAGGGAGAAGACUGGGAGGAGGUGAAGUCUAGAGUCUCAGGUGAGCUGUAAAGAAGUACAUGCAGACUUUUUCUCUCUGCACAGUGUCUACCUUAGAGCGCUCCUCUUUAAAUUCAUGACAGCUCCCUGGCAGAGUCAGACCUUAAUGCACACAGCAGCUUAGUUAGUUAGUUAGUGAGAAGAGACGUUACACAUCAAACCAGGAAAUAUACCACCCCCCUUUUUUGCAAAGCUUCUGUCUUGGAAAAGCUCCUGGAAAACUGGGAACAAACACGGCGCUGUUAGAAGUCAUUUAAGGAAGAGCUUUGAGUCAGUGGGCCGUCAUGUUUUCCAGGAAAAAUGUGGCUUGAUGCGAGUCGUGUAUUUGAGCAGAGCCCCUCCUGUCUGAGCUUUUUUAGGCACUGAGCUCGUCCCUGUAAUCUUUAAAUCCAAAGACAUGAUGUUGCAAAAAAACGAGAAACACAACUGCUGCAACUGUUUGGAUGAAAUAGAAACUUUUGUCAGGAUUAUUAACUAUAGCAGACAAUAACAACACACCAUGUGAUAGUCUGCGCGUGAGAGCACCAUUACUGUCUCAACACCAAGCGCGAGUAAAAUCAUUCGCAUGAAUGAAUUACAUGUUAAAUCAAUGGAAAGACGAGAUAAGACGCUCCUACUACUCUGGUGUCGCGAUAACUAAUCAGCACGAAGGUUGCCGUGUGACGUAAGAAAAUUGACGGUUGUUCACUGGUAUCUAAAAUAGCUGACAAACUGAUCAUGUCGGUGUGUGGGUGCCUCGAAUUAUAUGUUACCUUUUCUUUCAAUUACUGAAACCAGAACAAAAAGGAGCUCACCUGGAGGCAAGUGAGUGAAGAGGUUGGAUUAACUGGUAAAUCGUAAAAGUCCAUCGCUUGACCCUGCUGGUUGAAUUGGCAGGGGUUACCGUUGAUGCGCAAAUGAAGCGAGUAACCCCCAAUUUUCACUGCAUCUGGAAUGGCUCCAAUCUAGAAUGAUUUUUGCCGUCCGCAAAUUCCAACUGGAUCCGUUGGUGAGGCAAUUUUUUUAGCUGACAAACUGAUCGUGUCGGUGUGUGGGUGCCUCGAAUUAUAUGUUACCUUUUCAUUCAAAUACUGAAACCGGAAUAAAAAGGAGGUCGCUUGGAGGCAAGUGAGUGAGGAGGUCGGAUUACCUGGUAAAUUGUAAAAAAAACCUUUGUCUGUCAGUUGAUCCCGCUGGUUAACUGGCGAAGCGAGUAAAUACUAUUCAUUACACGUCUCGAUUUGUGCAAAUUAAGUGAGUUGAUGAUUUUACUCGCACUUGGUGUGAGCGCCCCAUUACAACAUGUUUACAGGUAAAAUGAUUGAAUAAAUUGCACAAAACAAGACGAAGUUGCUCGGAAAAACCAUUAAAAGUUUUGCAGUUGUUGCAGGGGGGCGGCCAUCUUGGAUUUAAAGCCCCCCGAGUACCUGAAGUUACUCUGAGUUUGUUAGGGCGACCAUAUUCUGAGUCCCCCUAAAGAGGACAUGACUACGUUGGGGCGAGGUCACAGAGUUGCGUGUUGUUAAUUUUGAGAGUUGUCCGGGUCGGAUUGAAUGUUUUUUACGCACUUCUAACUCAGUUAGUCCAUGCGUCACAAACUCAAAACUUCCAAAUAAAACCCCGGACAUUUGAAGGGUUUUAUAAAUUCCCCUGGACAAAGACGGACGAGGCCGGACAGCCCCCCAAAAAAGAAGACGUGUCACAGUAAAAGAGGUCAUAUGGUCACCCUAGAGUUAGUUCCUUAUGGGUUUAAUGGAGUUUACCUGAUUUUUGGUGACAGCCCCAAGUGGACAUUUGAGGAACUGCAUUUUUCUGCACUUCUGCUUCGGUGUCAAUUUUCAACCUAAGAGGCCGCUGCUUAGUUGAAUGGGAUUUACUGUCAUUAAACAGUUCUUUAUUUACAGGAUAAGAUAAGUAAAGAGGUAAAAACACCACUUUGUCUGUAUUAGCUGCUUAAAUUCACUCAAAAGAAGAAGUUCCUUUAAAUCAUCCACACAGACACACAGAGACAAUAUUAUUUUCAAGUUGAAUCGACUCCAAAAGUUUAAUCCCUCAGUGUUGGAUCAGUAAAUCUCUUUAGUGCUAUUUUUACAGACUCUAAUUCAAACCAAAUGAAAGAAAUAUUGAUUUCUUUAUUAUCGUGGCUGACUAAACGAGACGAUCAAUAACACAUAAAUUGAAGAAUUACGUGGUCAUAUACUCUACUGUCAUCCCUGCUCUGUAUAAUCAGAGGACGCUCCUCUCAUUCAGAUGAUAUAAUACAAAGCCGAUGAUGGUACAGAGGCCUUGUCCGCGUCUUUGUUUGUUCAGGGUCUCUCGUUCAUUCCUGCGCCGCGUCUACUCUGCGGACAGGAAGUUGCCCUGAAGCUGUGGCGAUACUCUCCGAGCUCAUGUUCUCUGCACACAGUGAGCCUUUGUGAAGGUCUGUUUAGUGACCCAAAACAAACCUUAGCGCAUAGAGCGGACCCAUUUCUGAUCUGUGUGCAGGAUGCAGAUUUCGCUGCAGGACAACAUCAGGGGGAACAUCCUUUGUUUGUGUGUUUUUAGGUCCUAACCGAGCUCGCUGCACUAAUUCGUCUUCCAAUUACGAGCCUCUGUGUCCCAUUUCUCCCUGACUGGUUCAAAUUUGCCUUAAUUUAGAGAGCCAGAUAUUGACUGCUGCGGGCUGUUUGAUGUUUCUAAAUGUUAGGUUGCAAAUAACAUUUCAGUUUAGUAAUGGAAAUUCACUGAAUCAUGCUAAUGGAGGGAACCGUGCCAGCCAGGGAUACAAAUCUAAAUUUAAUGAUCAUAAUUAUGUUCAUUUUACACGUUUUAUAAUUAUAGUGUAAUUUCUCACAACUACAGACAUGCAAUCAUAUAGCGAUGCUUCAAAACGUAUCCUCGACACAUCAUUUUCUCCAAUUAGUUCCCUCUCAUGAGGCUUUAAAGUUUCUUUAACGUCCCUCGAAUCUUAAACACUUCUUGACUGACGGUCUGAUAAAACAUCUGCAGGUAUUAUUUCUGAAGACUUCAACUCCAUAAAACCCAAAUCUCUUCUGUCAGCACUGAGCGGUGAUGUUUUAUGAGAUUGACAGCGACCCAGCAGCACGGGUUUACGACCGACAGCUGUCAACACAUUUUGGCUCAAAAUCUCUUACUCCGACUGCAAUGACCCAACAGAAAAGAGACACAGGGAUACAAGUUUACACAAUACCUCUGAUUUCAACCUUAAAUAAAUGUUUACGAGUAACGUCUAUGAGGCUUUGACAACAUGUGAGCCAUGAGUGAUUUGGUUCCUCAUGAUAAGAAAUCCCUUUUGGUGUUUCUCUGUCUUCGAUCUGGAAGCUAGGAGUAAAGUUUUUCAUUGGUCAUGACAAUUUUCUGUAAAUAAAUCAAGGAAGUGUUCUGUAGUUUCUAGGGGAUAAGGUGCACGGGAUUAUAUGGCGUACUGUGAAUUAACGUGUCCAUGUUCACACAAAAGGCACCGGACUGUAAGGCGCAUUAAGCAUUGAUUGGUUUAUUGUUAGACCUGAGCUGCCCUUCAUGAAUGCGCUUCUAGUUCAGACAUUGCUGUCUGGCAGUCUUGUAGACAGCUCAGGAGUCCUGUUACCGGGCCGAUCAGGUAGUGACACAGCGUACCGUAAUGCCCCGAAUCUCCUGUCGAUCACCUGUUCCAUCCUACCCUCACUCGUGAACAAGAUCCCGAGAUACUUGAACUCCUCCACUUGAGGCAGGACCGCCCCUCCUACCUGGAGAAGGUGAUCUACCUUUUGAGGACGAUGGCCUCGGACUUGGAGGUGCUGAUUCACAUCCCAGCCGCUUCACACUCGGCCGCGAACUCAUUGUAUAACAUAAAAUCGGUCAGUAAGCACAACAAGUGAUCAUACAUAAGGCGCGCUGGAUUAUAAGGUGCACUGCAAUUUUUUUGAGGAAAUCUAAGGAUUUAAAGUGCGCCUUAUAGUCAGAAAAAUACGGUAAAUGUAACGACACUCGUAAAUAAAGCGUGAAAAAGAAAACAGCAUCUAAAUUGAGGCUGAGCUAAUAUCCUGAUGCGAGCUAAUUAAAUCGCGCGAAAGUAGACACUAACAUAAACAUAAGCACUUUAAAGCAGUUAGCUCACUAGCUAACAUUCUCAUAUUAGCAAGUUAGCUGCCGAAUGUGCUUUUCAACUUAAAAAUCUGACCUGAACUCGAGAACCGAUUCUCACCAUAUUAUCUGUGUUCCUGCUUAUCAGUGACUUAUGACCUUGAACAUCGUUAUAAUUAAUCUUUUUUUUGUUGUGUCCUGGCCACCCCUAGAGGGCGCAUUCGAAUCUGCUACAUUUUAAUGCAAUAAAAGUUACAAGAAGCCUUAUAAGUUACUUUUAUUUGAUUCAGGGGGGGCGGGCAACACCACCCCAAACCUCUGUUUUGGAUACGCCCCUGCCUCUGCAGCAGAAAGUUGAAUUUAAAUUGAAAAAUGAAUAACAUAUUAGUUUUAGUUAAGGUUAAAGCUUUAGCUACAUUUUUAUUUACAAGAGGAAAACAUUAAUUUGUACUCUUGCGUCAGUUUUGCCAAAAUCCUCCUUUGCUCAGCCUUCGUCCUGUUCGAGCUCAGAUGGUUGCAGAUGUUGAUUAUCCUGUUUGGUUUGACUUCACAUGAAUCUCGCCAAGUUGGAUCAUCAUUGCAGAGGAAGAAAACACAUCUGGUUCUUCAUUAAAAACUUGUGGAGGUCCUGGGAAACUUUCAACAAGAACAUGACAGAUUUUCUAGAGUUGGAUGAGCAAACCGUCAAUUACAGGCCUGUUCUGUGGGAGUUUCUUUGACCACAAAUAGAUCUUCUUUCUCUCUUUCUCUCCGCAGACUGUGUGGAAAUUCUCUCUGGAAUCAGAUCAGUGAAGAUCCUGAAGAGAGUGGGAAGUCCUAAGGGCAUGUGGACCAGAGACCCCAGAUCUUCUAAGGUUUAUGUCUUUAAUGGGACUUCAGGGGACAAUUUUUACCAGUUCAACUCCGUCCGGGACUUUUCCAGCUCUCCUGGAGUCUCCAGCAGCAGACAGAUCAGACUCCCAUCGGAGUUCAGCGGCCCUGGCAGCGCUGUUUACGGCGGCUAUCUGUACUACAUACAGCAGGAGGAUGAAACAGACAUGCAGGUGGUCAGAUACGACCUGAUGAGCGGCUCGGUGACAGACAUCGCCAUGUUUCCAGUGGAGAGUCACGCUCUGGUGUACGGCCUCAACCCGGAGACUGUUGCAGACCUCGCAGCCGACAACGAAGGCCUCUGGCUCCUUUACGCCGCCAGUGACAGUGAGCCAAACAUCCACCUGGCCAAGAUGGACCCUGACACACUGGAUAUAGAACAAAUCUGGGACACCAGAUGUCCACGGGAGAAUGCAGAGGCAGCGUUUGUCGUCUGUGGGACCGUUUAUGUCGUUUACAACACCCGCCUGGCCAGCAGGUCUCGGGUUCAGUGCCUUUUUGAUGUCAACGAUAUGAUAGUAAGCGAGGAGGCUCCGUUACUCUACUUUCCCAGGAGGUACGGAGCCCACGCAAGUCUGAAAUACAAUCCUGAAGAGAAGCAGCUCUAUGCCUGGGAUGAUGGAUACCAGAUCAUAUAUAGACUGACCAUGAAGAGGAAACUGCUGGUCUGACAGCAGGGGAAAGGAGUAUCAUAUUAUCUAAAGAGAAAUCCUGGUGAAACCGUUAGAAUAGACGUCUGCGCACUCUUCAGGAAAGCACCAAAGACUGGAGAGAAGAAGGGAACGUUUCUGCAGACUGAACUACCAGAACUUUGGGAUCAAUAGAGCAUUUUUUUUACAAUAAUUAUAUAUAAGAAACUGUUUAGAAGAGGUGGGCGUGGCCUCAUGGCGAAUUCAGAAGCUACGUGAGUUUUAUUUCUCCCAAAAUGACGGCGUAACCUUCCAAACAUUAAAAAAUCAGACUCUUCUUGCAGGACAGAGUGAAGAGUCUUGUGGUUGAUUGUAAAUUAUCAAUACAGGUUAAGAAAAUAGGUUAAUCAGGCUUGAACAGGUGUUUUUUCAUACCUGGACGAGAGUCAAACUAUUAGAAAUGGGUCUGUAAUAGUUGUCAUACAGUGUCUGGGCUACAGUUAAAGCUUGAAAACAAAAUUACAAUUUAGAAACAAAUUAAUGGUAGACACAUGCUUUCACUGAAUUAGGUGGCAAUAUGCAGCUUUCAGCUCGUUAGUGCUCGUUACUUGUCCACCUGUUGUCCACCUGUGGCAAGUGGCUAACGAGAUGAAAAUUAACGAUGACAACACUGUCACAGCUGCACCUUUUGUUUGUAUGAUUUCAUCUUUCUUUACUGUCCUUUCCUCUACUGUCGAGGUUUUGUUUACUACUCGGCUCCCUAGCAACACAUUUACACUCUUAAACCUCCAAACCAAAGCCCAGCAUGCUAACUGUUGAGCACGCACAGAAGACUUAAAGGUUAGAAUAACUAGAGAAGCAAGCGGUCGGCAACAUUCAUCUCUUGAGGGGGUGUCUAACUCGGUAUUACGGUGUGUUUGACCCUAAAUUAAUUUUACGUCGGAAUAUCCCUUUAAGCCAGUUUCAGUCAAGUUUGCAAUUUUAUGCAAAACUUGUGAUUUUAAUAUCUUCGACGCUAAUCAGUUAAAGUUUAAAGAAUGGGUGCAUAUGUGGUUUCUCGCAGCCUCAAGUGGACACUAAAGGAACUGCAGUUCUUUGACUUCUGCUUGGCUUUAUAUUUCUCAACAGCAGAAGUUUCUGUUUGGCACUGGGUGAGAGUAAACCAUGUCGACUGAGUCCAAAGACUGAAUUUCACUCCAGUCAUUACAUAUGGUCAUGAGCUUAUGGGAAACUAAAUACAGGCAGCCAAAAAGAUUCCCCUCCUUGCCAGGAUGGCUGGGCCCAGACUCGAGGUAAGGAGCUUUGGUUUAGAGGGAGCUCGGAGUUAAGCUGCUGCUCCUCCACUUCAAAAGGAGCCGAUUGAGGUGACUUUGGCAGCCGUUUAGGAUGCACCCCGAGCGCUUUCCUUUUGAGGUUUUACCGGUCUGUCUGAGCGAUGGGACACACCGGGGUUAGACGCAGAAAAACAAACCUUGAAACAUGAACGGGAUUAACCUGGAGAGUCAAAACUUUGACUUCCUUCACUUCAUAUUAAGUCUUUGGCUUUUUCUGAGCAUAAUGACCAAAAAGAUCAGGUGACAAGAGGAAGAAAACCAAAGAUCAAAAUAUGCAAGUGGAUCCAAAGUGUACCAGAGUGUUCAAAAAGUCUAAAUUGUUGCCUUAGUCUGACUGAAAUGGGACUUUUAAAAAAUAUGUAAAGUCGCAGUAUCGCAGUGUGAGCUUGUAGUUGAACAGUGUGGCUGUGUUGCUAAGAAACGGGGUUGUAAACAAAACCUCAGCAGAGGAAGAAAAGAUGUGAGGAAGACAAAACUUUCCUUUCUUAUACAAAAACAAAAAAGGUACAGAGCUGUACUUGGUAUCGAAGGAGGGCCGGGAGAGUGGGAGGGGACGAGUCGGAACUACGGGAGAGGGGUGUGUGGAAUACAGCGAGGUGAUUGGACGGAGAGGCGGAGCAGGAGAUUGACCAAUGGGAGCUGUCUGAGACGGAUGGCUCCCAUCGGUUUUUGUCUUUGCAGCCCUGCACCUGCUAGGGGGAUCGCACUAUAGGACCAUGAUCGCCAUAGAAACGAGGUUCAUAAUAAUUACCAAUCUCUCCAAUCGUCAACCAUGCCUUUAACUGUGCAUGUAAACCCACUCAACAGGAAGUCAUUAAAAAUAAUCAUCUCUUAUUGAUACCUUUUCAAAAUAAACUAUAUUUUUAAGCGAAUGAUCAGCAUUAGAGCGAUUAUUAAAUUCUGACUCUGACCAAAAUAAAAGUGCUCAGUCAAAUUUGAACACAACUGUAUCUACAGUGUGUGUUUGUGUGUGUGUGUUUAUGCAUGUGUGUGUGUGUGGUCUCCCCUCGUUUAAUUUGACCGUUUGAUUCAGAUGAAAAUCUCAUUUCCUUUGUUCCUGCUCCUGCUUGUUAAGCCCCCCCCCCCCCCCCCAGGCUGCGUUGUGGUUAUUUGCCGCGUGCGUCGCCACAAAAACUAAUAGCGCAGAACCCACUUUGCAUAAAUCUUUUAAUCAAAGGAAAGAAAAGCGUGUCACAGGACUGAUAAGACAUCACAUCUCAUGGGAGAACCAAAUAAACAACACUCUCUUUUCCUGAUGUCGGUUUUUCAGACUCAUAACAAAAGAAAGACAGUUUGUGUCGGCACUGUUUGCUAUCUCGGUUUAUUACACACUGGGUCACUCCAUAUUGUGAGUCUUCAUAUGAUCUAAAAUCUAAAAUGGGCUCAUAAUAGACUUUGAAUCGGAACUAACAACUGUUGAUAUCAGUCACCAAAACAUUUUUUUCAAACAUUUCUAUUAUUACAAAUACAAAAUGUUCAAUAAAAAAUUGGAAAUUCAGUGCUAUCAUAACAGCUGGAAGGGGUUACAAGAUCAUAUCAAGAAACGUUACGAUAUUAGGUGAAGCUGAGACAGUCCAUAAACGGAGGCAAUGGAUUCAACAGGUUUCAUCUACCGGGAAAAAGCACAGCACGUUGUUCUGAGAAAUAUAUGACCAUCGUAAAGCACGUGAUUUGAAGAAAAAGGAGGGGAAAAACACAAUUAUUCAACUUUUCUUUGUUUUAAUUUACACCAAAAUAACAUUAAAAAGCUCUGAUAAUGACGUUAGUAUAGAUCCUCACUAUCAAAACAACAGUGUGAAUGAAUGAGAGCAAAUGUCAAACCGCCAUGUUUGGCGAGGAGGGGGCUGACGCUGUGAUGGAUUACGCCGAGCACGAACAAUAACGCACAGACUCGCUCUGGAUGUAACAAGCCCCAAUUAGAGAAAUGCCACCGCUCUGUAGACGCUGACCUGUCCGCCCAUCAGCUGCCCCCGCACUGUUGUCGUCUCAACCCUCACAAACACGCUCAGGUACUCUGCUUUCCUAUAGAGGAAAUGGCGAAAACAGACUCGUGCAGGUCUGCUGAACACAUCUACUCCUGUCUCCAUUUUCUCAAACUUGGUGACAUACAGCUCGUACAGUUCUUCUGCAGCAGCGGAUGACGGUUGUAUUUCUUGUCUCGUGUCCCAGCAGUCUAGACCUGUCAAAGCCCCGGCCAAGAACAUUAUUACACUCAGAUUAAAGCUGCUGUGGGCUGCUGUCGAGAUAAUGCGAACGCUGUUCAACAAAUGGGCCUCAUAUCGAAAAGAAAUUAUCUGUUCAAGCAUCGGCAAACAUAACCCCUGAAUGUUUCUUGGCACUUUUUCCUCCCUGAUAUCAUUCUGGCUCGAGUUGAGCAUUUCCUGCCCUGAAAUGUACUGAUGCUAUCUGUGCUUGACAUAAUGACAAAACUAUUGCAGCAGGGGAAUCAACCUGAAACUGGUGGAAAAUAAUGUGAAGAGACCAAACUACAUGUUUUAUUCUCAUCAUAAAGACAUAUGGAGCCUCUGCUCAGAGGUGGGCGCAGUCGACGUUUAACGCUUAAGGUCCUUACACAUCGGGAACGACGCAAAUAUACGACGCAAAAUUACAAUAUAUUCAGAGGCGAUUUUGACACACCUGAUUAUACACAUCAAGUGCAAUGCAAUUGCAAUGCAAAACCGAGACCUAAUGGUGCUGUGACAGCAACGAGAUUGAGUUUGAGACGGUGAAAAUACAUAUGGUUUGUUGUAUCUGAACAGGUUAGCUUACGAGCUAAAGUUACUUAGCACAAAUGAAAGUUAAAACAAAGACGUUUAUCAAACUGUUAAAGCACACAAACCAUCGUCAUAUGAGAAAUCCGACGCUAUGACUCUCCACAAGUCAUCCUUCAGGUCGUUAUCUUUGUAAUGUUUGUGUUUUUAUCAAAAAUCACUCUGUUCUCCGACACGUAAACAAUCAGCCGGUCAGCCAUGUUGGAUAUACCGGUGAAUCUGACGUUGCAACAACAUGAAAUCUGAUUGGUCAGAAGUGGACACACAGUAUGCGAAAGUUUAGAAAAUUCGACCGUGAUACGAAAACUUAAAUGCCACAAUAUCGCAGGACGGGAAAACGUCGCUGAUUUGAACGCUUGUAUUGACAGGAUACGGGUUUGAAAAGAAUAUUGACGUCUGAAAUAAUCGCACGAUAAAAACGCUCCCGGUGUGUAAGAACCUUUAGAUGGUAACUUUGGUAACGGUUCCUCCUUUAAAACUGCUCAAGUUUUUACCAAGUUAACAUUAAACAUCGUCACAAUCAGUGUUACCGUGUCAGAGCAGGGUUUGAAUCCCUCUGUGACCUGGUGACUCCUGAUGACAUUCAAAAAAGCUGACUUCAACAAAACUCAAAACGUUUCGUUUUUUUUUAAGUUUAGGUCAAAGUAAAAGGUAACCUAAAAAAUGAUAAACAGACUCACAGGUAGCUCUUACAAGAAUUACGGAGGCGUGUGCAGCAGAGAGGUAGAGGACAAAAGUCUCAUAUCUUUUUGACUCAAAUCCAUAUUGUCAAAAUCAAAUUUAGCCUGUUAGUGGAGGGAAAAUUCUUAGUAUUAAUUUCAAAGAAAGCAGGUUUUUUUCUGAAUGGAUGCACCAAAAUUGUGUUAACUAGAGUGUCAUGUGAUCGUAAUCCUUUUGAAUUUGAAUUUUGUUUGCUAACCUUCACAAGAUUACAAGUUAAAGCGUCUGUAUGGAGUUUUUAAUAGGUUUUUGUAAUGGUCUGAAAUGAACAGUAAUGCAACUCUAUGAUGUGCAAAAGCUAAUGAGACCAAUGAUGAUGAAAUUGACAAUGUCUAUACUAUCAUUUUUAAUGCCUAUAUGUGCUGUGAGGGGCUAGGUACUACACUUUCAGACAAAAUCGUCAAUAGUAGGAGUUACCGUUUUGUCCACAGGGGGCGCCAAAAUCAACAGAGAGUAAAAGUUCCUCACAGCACCUUUAAACAAAAAAUUAGUCAGUUGCGUUUUUUUGAAGGCCUCGCCAGUUUGGGGUUUUUGGACGGAGUGUAUUUGGACUUGUAGAAGAUAUCGAUUUUUUAUUGGAGGAUGUUUCUGUCACUGCGCUGGUUACUGCAAUAUAGAAGAUGACAUGUUAGUGAGUCCAUCUGAUUUCUUAUUAAAGAGUUAAAAGUCACUAAAAGUUGCUCCUGUUUUGUUCUGCCUUUUCUUCGUUUAGCUGAUGGAUCAGUUUCUUGUGAUAUCCUAAAUUUCUUGGCUACAAUAAUUGAGGUGAAAAUCUUAAACCUUAAAAGUUUAAGUUCUUAGAAGGAGUGUGAGAGAAGUUAAGCUGAGUUAUACUGAAUUUAAAGCUCCUGAUUGGUGUUUUUAACAUGUACUAAAUGGACUUAAAUUCAUAUCGGUGCUUCUUUAUGAUAUACAAACGCAAACAAGACCAUCAGCGACAGGACUGGUCAUUUUUGCUAUAUUUGACAUUAACUAAAGUUCCUUAUGUGAGCUUUAAGCAGGAUGCUGGAAAAGACAUGACUUUGUUUACUUCUGUAAUGUGUGUGCAACAUCCUUUCCUCCAUGUCUUCAAAGCUGCUUCACAUAAAGGCUUAAUCUAAUGGUGGUAAUGUUAAUACAAACCCAAACAAACACAGAUUAGAUUUGUUAUUAAGACCAUUUUCUGUAAUAUCUGGAUGUAAAAUGACCUCUCUCUCCUCUCUCUCUAGUGUCUCCCUCGUGAACCUUACUCCCUUGUAUAAUUAGAGGACUCUUCAGGGUUAGGUGCUAAUGGCUAAUUAUGAGCUGAGCGCUGAUCUCUGCAGAUCAUUUUCCACACACUUCCAGGGUAAAAGAGAAAACAACUCCUUUGGCUGAUCUUCUUCUGAGAUUUCAUCCUCUCUCCUCUCCCCCUGUGCGCACACACGUCUCAAAGCUCAUAAACUCGAGUAUUAAAACAAAACAAAACUCCCGCUACAGGAGGCAAACAAGUGGACAGCGGACGCCGAAACUAAAUUAUUAUGUUUCUACUUCUUCUCAAAGCCGCCGAGGCUAAAAACAGAGCAGAAGUGCUCGCAUUUAAUUUCUUAAUGCUGUUAUCUGGAGAGCCGGAGUCGAUGAUUUCAUUAUCUGAAGGAUUUAAAAGGCUGAUAACGGCGUGAUGUAUUUUCUCUCAAGCAAAGCAAAGAGCAGGAGAAGAGAAGACGCUGUUUCUUCUCAAGACGACAUGAGAAUAAUAGAGAAGCUGAAAACAAGAGUCUCGUUAAUUCAAUCAGACUUGAUUUUAUCUCAGGUCGGAGGCUUUUACUUUAUCGUCACGCACGCUGUCACGGCUCUGAUUAGCGCUUUUAGUCACCGGAGGAAAUGACCUUUUGUUUUCACGUGGUCACGGGUCGAUUACCUCGUUAUCUCGGGGAAAACAAGGAUCUUUUUUUUGAGAAAUGACAACAGCAUUAAAAAGAUAAUGACAAGCGUGUGAUGAUGAACAGAUCUGCAGGAGUUCGGUGCAAAACAAGGAUCCAAAAAGAGAGCUAAUUUCACAGCAGCGCGGCGGUCUUCGUCUCAGCUGAAAUAAUCUGUUCUCCACAUGUCGCAGGUUGAGCAUCUGGAUUGCAACUCAGCCACACGUAAUCCCUGUACAACAACAUGAUAGAUGAGUGAUUAAACACCAAAAAGCUGCAGGUUUAUAAGCUCAAAAAGACAAAUAUGUUCACCUUUCAAGAGUUUAGAUUUUCUCAAUCAUCACCACCAACAAAGCUACAUAUAUUCAAAACCUCUGUGAUAUUUAUAUAUAUAUUUUUUUAUCUAUAUCUAUCAUUUUAUCGAUUUUUCUGCUUAUAAAACAAAAAGGUACACACAGUAACAAUACACAUCCACUUCAAAGCUGCUCAGGAACAAAAAAAAACAACAAGAGGAGACGAGGAAGUGCUUCAGUCUGGAGGAAAACAAGAGCGUCUGUGUGUUUUUAACUGGAAGCAAAGGGUGACAUUUCUCAAAAGCAAACAUCAAACAGACAAAGAGGUAAGGGUGUGUAAAGUGUGCUCUCUAUUCCAGCGUUUACAGACACCGUCAGAGCUCCCUUAACACAAACUCUGAUCCCACAUAAAGACAGAUUUUUCUCUCUGUUGUUUGUUUUUUUUUCGCUCCAGGUUGGAUUUGAAGUCACGGCUGUGUUUCUAAGGAAGCUCUGCGUCCGUGUGGGAAAAUUGGCAGAUUGAGAGAAAACUGUUUUGGCCAAUUUGCUCUGGUGUGAUUACCGAUAAUCCUCUCCUUUCUUCCUCUGAGUAACGUAAAAACUUCUCGCUUCUGAACGCACACGAAAAAACAAAGUAUUAUUACUCCGUCCUGACCUGAAACUCCCCUCCUCAGAUAAUUGCUUUUGUUAUUGAUAAAACUGGAAGUACAGCCGGAGCUGAGAUUCGUUUAAAUUUUCCUUUUUUUUUUCCACAAACAAUAACAGCGGAUGGAGUGACUUUACAUCUAACAGUCCCAGAAUGCUACAGUUCUUAUGCUAACACAGCACUUUGAAAUUCAAUGACAGAGAGCCGGAGAGUGUUGAAACUGCUUCACAUCCUGUUUUUUGAUCGUCUCUUUCUCCACCAGGUCCUCUGCUUUCCUCUUUUUUUAAAACCUCCGCCGCUCUCGGGGAGCGAGAUCCGAGCGAGUUUUUCCCAUCAAAGAGUCUCUGCGGCACAAAGCUGAAUCUUCACUUCUUCUCGGACGGGCCUCCUUCGAGAUCCGCCUCGGCUCGGACAGCUCAAUAUUAAAGGUCUGUCAGGGAGCAGCUCGGGGUCAUCACAACACCCACAUUUCAAUUCAGUGACCCUAAACUUUAACCCGAAAAGACUGUGCGUCACACAUCUAACUGACUGACUGGUCCUAGAUCAGUUCUUGGGAGUGCUCUGGGACUGAGGGAGGGAGGGACACAGAGAGAGAGUUGGGAGUGAGAGGGAGAGACAGUGGGGUUGUGUUUCUCCUCAAUCAGACAGACAGGACGUGGAUCAGCAGGAGGGAGGGAACCCCCUUCUGGGCUGCCGGGUCACAGGUGGCGCUGCUCAGGGACUGGCAGGGGGCCGGGGUGAGGGGCAGGAACCUUGGCUGUCAAAGCUGGCUGUCCUCGCCUUCCACUGCAGGGCACACACACACACACACACACACACACACAAGGAAGUGAUUCAUAACACACACAUGCUGCUUCUUUUUUAUAUAUAUCUGUAUAUAUAGAAGUCUGCAUUCGACUCUUAACUUAGUGUUAACACAGGGGACAUCUAUGUAUGUAUUUAGAGGGGCUCUAUGAAUAAAAGACAAACAACUCUUUAUAUAAAUUAUUCAUUAUUCCUGUAUGUUUAUAUAAAUUAUUCAUCACUUCUGCCUUAUGGUCAUGUUAAUAGACUGUUUUUAUUUAUUCUUUAGUUAGUGUGGGUAUUGUCACAGUAUUUGUAUUCGUAGGAUGUGUACUGUGUCCCUCUGGGAUGAAUUAUCUAUCUAUCUAUCUAUCUAUCUAUCUAUCUAUCUAUCUAUCUAUCUAUCUAUCUAUCUAUCUAUCUAUCUAUACCUAUGUCCAUCUAUCAAUCUAUCAAUCUAUCUAUCUAUACCUAUGUCCAUCUAUCUAUCUAUCUAUCUAUCUAUCUUUCUAUCUAUCUAUCUAUCUAUCUAUCUAUCUAUCUAUCUAUCUAUCUAUCUAUCUAUCAUUACACCUCUAAUGUUACAGACGUCUGUUGCCGUGGAUUCCAAAGGUAAGCCAAACUGUUAGCUAAAACCUGACCCGUGUUUCUAAACCUCAGAUUUUAAGAGCUCCUUCAUACCCUGAAGAAUUAGGGUUCCUUUAAGAUUAAAAAUACUAAGAUUUCAAGAAUAAAGUCAUUAAUAUCACAAGAUUGAGGCCAUUAAGUUUUAAACUUACACUCAUUUCUUUAGUCAGUGAUUUGCCACAUGAUGCUCUUUAGGAUUUUCAGUCUUACAGUAUAAUUGUGGUGAACAGUUGCAAACGUAUAAUUAUAAUAAUCAAGCUAAAGGACCCUUAAAGGAAUGACUGAUUUAGUUUCUCCUAUGGUAGCUUGAUAUUAAAGGCACAGUGAGGAAUUUUUAGUUGGUGAUCAGUUCCAGUUUCAGUCAAAGUCUGAUCAUUUCACUGCAGUUAUUCUAAAGUGCUUAAAAAUGCUGUUAAAGGUCAGAUGACUGACAGCAGGUUGAAAAAAAAAACAGCCUUUUUGGACUUUUUAAAAUCACAGUGAGUGAUAAAUGUCAUCGCAACAAGACAACAGGAUGAGGUUUUUGUUUGUACACACUAGUUUAACAUGUACGGGACAAUUGAUAAGAGGUAACACUUUGUCCACAGGGGGCGCCAAUGUCAACACAAGCAAAAAGUUCCUCACUGGUGCUUUAAGAAUGGGAAUUUUAGGUAAGUCUCAUUCAGACUUAUUAGAGUUAAAUUAACAUACUUAAAGCUCCAGAGAGGAGUUUUCAGAUAUGAAUGAAAUAGACUUUUUUAUAUUACACAAAAGUAAAUGAGACCACAAAAGUGAGAGUUUUGUAUUUGAGUUUUUGAUGCUUAAACCUGGAGUGAUGAACUUUUGGAUGAAGACACGACCUAAGCAUUUAAAGGACAAGAAAAGCCAAAAUAAUUCUCUAAACAGCUGAGCCAAAAAAAAUCCUCACUGAAGCUUUAAAAUUCUUAUUCAUGGUAUUAUCUAAACAUUAUUAUUAUUAAUUCUUAAAAAUCAAAUUAGACUUUAUGUGUUGAUUCACGUUGAAGUCAAAUAUUAGUGUUGGCAUUCUUUUUUAAUGCAGACAAUAUAUAAAUAAUGGGAAAUGAGGGAUAUCUCAUGAUUAUGAAUUACGGUAACAUAAUACCAUGAUGCAGCGACUCCUCAAUAAUUAAUAAACUGCGAUAAAAUGAUAGAGCGUAUUCAGAAAUAUGCUGAUGAUACUGUGUGAGUCAGGACAAAGAGAAACUGAUGUAUUAAUAUUUUAUUCCACCUCUACCUACUAUAGCGGAUUUUAAUAUUUAUCAAAUAACUCUUCAAUGUGAGUUUGCUGUGAUUUAUAAAAAGCACUGAUAACCCUAAUAAAGUGGUAAGUAUAACAGGAUGUUUUGCACCAUGGCGCAUCGAUGGUGGUGUCAUUUUGGCAGCAAAUCCUGAGUCUGUGAUAAUUUCACUUUUAUUUCCUGCAAAGAAGAGCUGACUGAGUAUUUGAAGUGUCAGACAAACAGAGUAAAUUGGAGAAAAAAACCCUUUUAGCUGUUUUUUUUUUCAGCUGGGCGGCUGAUGUGGUGAUAAUUUAAUUUCAGAGUCUGGUGAGCGAGCUUCAAUAACAUCCUGCUAUCUGGAGAGCACCUGCAUGUGUUUUUCUUAACUAGCCCCUUCACAUGAUUUCAAACACCUGCCGAGACGCUUUCCUCUGCAUAACAGACGACAAACACAUCCAGAAAAACUCCGGUUUACCUCCUUCUCUGACUUCUUAGACUCCAGCAGGGGGUGCCAGUGUGCAAUAGGCUUCCUGGGGUAAGCCAGCAUCUCGUUCCAGUGGUCCCUUCCAAGUCCUUCAGCGUGACACCCAACCCUCAUCACACCGAUGAUCUCAUUGUGACCUACCCUGUGGGGACACACACACACACACAUGCGCUGUAUAAAUACAUGUGACUCAACCUGACAAGACAUCUCAUACAUCAAACUGUUGUGUAUAAUUGGAGGAAGGGCGUUGUGUAAUUGGAGGAGACACACAUCUGAAUCUGGACGUCCUGUCGAUUGAUACGCCGUCUCCGCAGCUGUCCGUCUCCGUGACUCAACGAUUGACUCAUCUGUGGACGCCCGUCAGAGGACGUCUCUGCUGCGUUAUGAAUGAUGACUGGAGGAUUGAUCCUUUUACAUAAUUAACGAUUUAAUACAGAGGCCAAACCGAAGCAUCGAACAGGAGCAGACUCGACUGAAGUCCAAGCAGCAGCUCUCUCUGUUUUUGUUCCGCUCUCUUCCCGACCUUUGACACCUGUGUUUUCUUCCCGUCAGCUGUUUGCACCACAUUCACUUUCAGCCUCUCAUGCUCAGUAAACAAAGAGGUUGUUUGGUGCAAAUCCUCCGUAUGAAAAACUCCUAUUGAAAACAACAGAUUUAAUCUUUUCUGUCUCAUAAACUGCUGAGGCAACAUUUAUCCUCCUGGCUGAAACCCCCGACUCCUUUAUAUGUAAAUACUGUGAAGCUGAAAAACGCUGGGUUGCAGGGACAUGUGAGUUUAUCUCUAGGCUUUUACUGAGAGUGGAAAUGAUGCUGCAAAAGGCUCGGGUUCGAGGACUAUCAGUGUGGAUUAGGGAUGGGCGAUAUGGGCAAAAAAAUUGAUCACGAUAAGUUUUGCAAUUUUGGCGAUGACGAUCAAAAAGUAAAAAAUAUUAUACUUCCUUUUUAUGUUUUUGACUCAUUUUGUCUUAAGGACACCAGUUAGAAUAGUCAAAUAAGAUAAUUAACCACAGUGGGAGCGAAUAAUAGACAUGUUUUUAGAAAACUGGAUGCAGGAUACGGCCAGAGAGGUCAGGUCACGGUGAUAUUGACACACAUGAAAUAAUGGUUGGAGGAAAUUUGGCAGAGCCGGCCAGCAAGCAAAGCAUGUUCACAGAAGAAGUCACGUUGUUGGCUAUCAGACACCGAUGUGAAGGCCGCUGACGGGAAAACAGGAUAAAUGAUGCCAUUGGUUAGUAUAAGAGGGAAAGAGUUCUGGGGAUCGGGGGAUCGGGGGAUCGUUUGACUUCUGCUGUCCGUCUGAUUCUCAUGAGCUGUGGUUGAUGCCGUAACUACAAUAAAAUCCUGCGAGAGGCUGCCAGCUUGAUUCUGUCUUCGUGUAGUUCAUUUUUGCACCUUUGCAUCUAUGAAGUCUACCAUGUAAGUGUGAAACAACUUUCAUUGAAAACUCUUGUUGCACAGAGUGAACAGCAGCAGCAGAUCCACUGUCCAGUGUCAGGCAGACCUGGUUGCACUCGUCUAAACCCCAAUCUGGAAGGAAAUCCCUCAUGAGGAGUCUUAUUUAGCAACAAGCUGCUCAGGGACGUCUUCUUCACCACCUUCGGCCAUGUUUGUUUGUUAUUCUGCUCUGUGUGGGCUCCGAGUCCUUAACGUCAUCAACUUGUGUUUAUUUCAUUAAUCGUGAGAUGGAAAAUAUUAAUCGUGGACAUUAAUUUAUCGCCCACCCCUAGUGUGGAGGCAGUCAGGACGCCAAGAGAUGCCCGCCCAUUUCAGCCACCUCACUAUCUGUCAAAUUAAACCAACACCUGAAUAAUUAGUAUUUCUUUUGCAGUUUACCACUGUUUGCUACGAAUUAAAGAUUUCCAGGAGUCCCAGAAUGCUUUGCACAGUCCACAAUACGUAAAAGGUGCACUGUUUAGUAUCUGUGCACGGGGGAUGUAAUCAAACCCCUAGACCAAGCAGGCACCCUGUCGAGUCAAGGUUUGUUUUCCUUCUAUUAAAGCUGAAAAUUUACAAAAAAAAAAAACACUUAUAAUUUGGAGGUUUGAGAGAAAAAAUUAAAGGGAAAAAUUAAAAAUUUAGACAAAAAUCAGCUGAAAUUAAGGGAAAAAAUUAAAAAGAUUCACCAAACACAGAAAAUUACAAGAAAACUCAGAAAAACUGAAUUUUUGAUUAGACCUUGAGUUUAGUUUUUUUUAUGUCUUAAAUUAUUACCUUCUUUCAACUGAUUAAUCUUUCUUUAUACAAACCCAAUUCACAACAAGUGUUAUCCUAAGAUGCUUAAUGAAACAAAGCUGGUCUAGACCAGACUUUAUAUACAAAGACCCAAAUAUGGGAUCAGAUUGAAGCUCUUUGCAGCAUUUAUCAAGUUAAAAUGGAGUAAAAGAACUUCCUCUAACAGGCAGAAACCUCGAGCAGAACCAGACUGAUGUUAGACACUCAUCUGCUGAGAUUGAGCUGGAUUAUUCUGGAUUAUUCUGGAUUAUUCUGGAUUUUCUUCAUCUGUAGACUCAAUCGUGAAGACACCAGUGACCCCAUGUUUUGUUCCUUUUUAUUUCUAGCUGUUUAUAAAAUAAGUUUCCUAAUUCUACGUUUUUUUUAUCUUGUUGUCUUUAUUUAUGGUUUAUGUGGACUGUGGUGACUCUGAGCGCUCUGUAAAUGUCUGUAAAUGUCUGUAAAUGUUUUGUGUGUUUGCAGUUUGUAAGUCAGAUCGUUUUGUAAGUUUACCGAAAACGGAUAAAAUCAGAAUCCCAACAGGAAAGUGAAGUUGUCUCAUCUCAAGGCUGUGUGCUGAAUAGAAUAAAUAAACUUUUAGUUUCUCAGUCACUUUGACGACUAAUUCACGACUUUAUAUCGUACAAACUCAGAAACUUUUCAGCUUUUCUAAUUGAGGUCUGUCAGGGUGUGAUUCGUGACAUUUCAGUCGGUACGUACAGAUCGUAGUCCAUGACGGAGAUGUGCAGGCUGACGUGGUCCAUGCUGUCAGGCGGGAUGUCGAAGAUGAUGGCCUCGUUGUAGGUUGGAUUCAGAGUGUUCUUCUUUAUGCUCGUCUUCUUCUUUUUCAGGCGUCUCCCGUCACAUAUCAGCGACACUUUGACGUACGGAUCUGAUCGGUGAAGGAGAAGAACAAGGGCGGAUAAAAAGUGACUUUAUCUGGACAGAAACUGCUGCAGAAACAUUAACAUAACGUUUGGAAGCUCUCCAAGUUCUCUAUCUUAUCUAAGAACGUUCGUUUACAUGAGGAUCAGGUUUCUAGGGUUAUGCAAAAACACACCAGCGUGUCUCCUCCGACUGCAAAGAUAGAGCCAUCAAUGCGGCGUUUCAUCAUCCAGUGUGUGAGCGUGUGUUUUCAUUUUUGGGGGUUUUUUGUUUGAGCAUGAAAGCCCCCCCCCGGAGGAGCUGGCAUGGGUAACAUGCAUGGAAGAGGAUGAGUCAACACCUCGAACAAACAAAGAGGAUGAGGAGGGCGACUGGAUAGUUUCAACGGCAAGACUGAAAGAGCCUCCUAAUGAAUGCUGAUCUCAAUCUUCAGCCGUCGGAGGCGCAUGUUUGAGCCGCCUUAAAAUCAACGAACACAAACAAGAGUACAACACGCUUGAAGGGACAAUUUGAUAGGUGCAGGUUUAUGAAGCGUGGAUUUGGGAUAACAGAAGGAGGCUAAAAACGCUCAAACUUAAAGGCGAUUGACGAUUGGAG